CCAGGCGGUGCAGUUCCGAGCAGGCGCGGUCUUUGCUUUGUGAGCGGUUUUUCCGUGCGUUGUUCUGCAUCGCCGUCCCGGUUCCUUGGGCUUGCCUCGUUCCCGGCAGCAUCCUGUUGCUUGCAGCUCUGCUCGCCUUCCCCAGGGCAGCUGCGAUGCGCCUGAUCCAGAACAUGGGGACCAUCGCCGAGUAUCCGCAGACAGGGAGCGCCACCAGCGGAGAUGGUUGCGGCUCUGGGGGCACCUCCGGCCGCCCCCGCCUCAUAAAGAUCGCUGUGGUGGGAGCCAGCGGCGUGGGCAAGACAGCUCUGGUGGUGAGAUUUCUCACAAAACGAUUCAUUGGAGACUAUGAACGCAAUGCAGGUAAUCUGUACAGCAGACAAAUUGAAAUUGAUGGAGAGAUGUUUGCAAUUCAAGUCCAGGAUACUCCAGGAGUACAGGUCCAUGGGCACAGUCUGGUCUGUAAUGAGCAACUGAACAGAUGUAUCCGCUGGGCAGACGCAGUUGUGAUAGUCUUUUCAAUUACAGACUAUAAGAGCUAUGAACUGCUUGGUCAUUUCCACCAGCAAAUACGACAGUUACACCCAGGUAACCGAGUACCUGUGGUGGUUAUUGCAAACAAAGCUGAUCUCCUCCACGUUAAAGAGGUGGAACCCCAACAUGGACUUCAGCUGGCCAAUAUGUGGGGUUGCACUUUCUAUGAAGUGUCAGUCAGUGAGAACUACAAGGAAGUCUUCAAUGCUUUCCAUAGCCUGUGUAAAGAUGUUUGUAAGCAACAAACCAGCACCCCAGAAAAAAGAAGAACCUCUCUCAUCCCAAGGCCAAAGUCACCCAACAUGCAGGAUCUGAAGAGAAGGUUUAAACAAGCCUUAUCUGCCAAAGUGAGGACUGUCACAUCUGUCUGAAAGGUCAAACUAAGUGGGAUGGAUUUUUGUUUUCCCUUCCCAGUGCAGUCCUACAGUUCCAGCUUUGGAAUGUUAAUUGCUGGCACUUUGACGCCCAGUGAAGGGCAAAAGAGAGAGAGACAGACAGACAGACAGAGAGAAUUCAGAUGUUUGAACAGUUGUGACCCAACACACUGUAAAAUGGAGGAACAGCACUGAAUAAGGCCCGAAUAAGGUUUUGAAGAGAUGGUCGAGCAUGUACUUUCAGAAUGAAAACAGUACAUUUGAUUGAGCUGACAAUAUUCUCAUGGUCUGUGAUGGAACUUGGAUCAUUUUGAUACUUGUACUAUUCUGUUACUUAAACUGCUGUGAGGAAUAGGGAGGGAAUAGUAUGGAUGUUAUAUUUCUAAUUGGAAACAAAUUGCGUUUUUACAACAAUGAGCAAUUUUUUAAAAAAUUGGGCAAAGGUUGGCUGCUCUCAUAUGCUCAUGAGAGCCAUAUGCAGGUUUUUAACCAGCUGUUUAGAAGCACAAGCGUCACAUUGUUUUGCCAAAUUAAUCAUCAGUGUGAAACAAGUGGGCAUUAUUAAUUGACUAUUGCUAGCUGUGUGACAGACAUUUUUGUACCACAAUAUUGUUCAUUUUUUAAUAGCAAGAUACUUCAGGAGUUUACAUUCACUAUUGUUAUGAUCACUCUUGAGAGACUGAUCAUCUGGUAAAAUGCUGCAACUUUUUCAAAUAAGUCUUUGAUUUGGAUUAACAGAAUAUGACCAUUGCAAAUCUCCAUUAAUUGCUAUGGAUAUGACUUUCUUGUUUCAGUCCAAUACAGUUAUUUGCUGUGGUCUAUGAUGCUGAAUUUUCUUGGCAGAGCCAUACUUUGGGAUGGGGCAUGUUGGAUAUUCUACUGUUGCAGAAGUCUGCCAUUCGUGGCUACAUCUUAAAAAGCUGAAUCAUCAAAUGUCAUACAGAUCCAAUAGGAUUUGAGUUUGAGGGCUACAACUCUUACACCAAUGCACUUUAAAAUAAAACAACCACCUGUGCUUUCCCCCUUAAGCUGUAACUUAUUUAUUGUUGUGUUAACAGGAACCCUUUAAAUGGAACACAACUUCUGCAUUUUGUUUCAACAUUAAAUCAAACACAUUGCUUUCUUA